AGAGCUUAAAUAUAUUCAACAAAAAUACUUUUUCUAAUGGAAAAUAAAUUAACAUAAGAAAAAGGAAAGUUCAACGGUGCAAGCAGUGGACUGAGUUCAACUGAGACUCGCCUUGGAUUCUCUUGUGCAAUGAGAUUUCCGCCACGUGAAGGCCACGGGGUUGACGAGCUUGACUUGUUGGUGCGAUUGUGGCUGCCGACUGGUUCCCUUAUAUAAAUCAACUAUAAGAGGAUGGGCAACAAGAAGGCAUUUCCUGUUUCCCGAGAGGCAUUCUGGCUUUUUUCUCCGUCAGACUUGAAUGCCAAAAUCAAGGGCAGAGUAAGAGCAAAGCCAAAAUGCAUAGUCCCUUUAAGAAGAUGAAAACUAGUGCGUGUGGAAAUGCAGAAGACGUUGAUGCUGGCGCAGCUGGUUCGAUGGCCACGCCAAUAGAAACUAACAACAGUGCAUCUAGUUCAUUGACUGCGUCGACUGGAAACAGCUACGAGGUGUUCUUGAGCUUCAGAGGCAUAGAUACUCGGAAAGGCUUCACCGAUCACCUCUACCACGGGCUCCUCAAUGCCGGAAUUGAUGUUUUUAGAGACAAUGACGAGCUCCCCCAAGGCGAGAAUAUCAGACCAGAGCUUUUGGCAGCCAUCACGAAUAGUAAAAUCCUGAUCCCCAUUCUCUCCGUGAAUUAUGGUACAAGCAGUUGGUGCCUAGAUGAGCUGAUUCAAAUAAUGAAGUGCAAGAAUAAUAAUGGGCACAUAGUGUUGCCUAUAUUUUAUAAAGUGAAACCAGCUGACGUGGGACAUCAAAUCGGGAGUUUUGGAGAUGCAUUUCAUGGGCGUGAGGAGCGUUUGCUCGAGAGGCAUUUCGACCCAACGAUUUUAGAGAAAUGGAAGCAAGCACUCCUUGAAGUCAGCGCCUUGAAAGGAUACGAAACCGAUGGGUAUGAAGGAGAAUUGGUGAAAUCGAUCGUCCAAAAAGUGUUGAGCAAGCUAAAGAAAGAGUUUGCGUUGGUUAUUCCUGAAAAUUUGGUCGGAACCGAUGGUCAUGUGAAGGAGGUUAUGAAAUUUGUAGAUAAUAAUUCUAGUGCUACCCUAUUUAUUGGAAUCCAUGGAAUGGGAGGCAUUGGUAAGACAACUCUUGCUAAAACCAUCUACAACAAGCUCUCCGAUCAGUUUAAGUAUCGUAGCUUCAUUGCAGAUAUUAGGGAAUCAUGUCAGCGUAAUGGACUUGAGUACUUGCAGAAUCAACUAAUCUCUGACAUAUUGAACCAAAAGAAUCAAAUUUCUAAUAAGGAUGACGGGACUAAGUUCAUCUCAUCUAAGUUCAAAGAUAAGAAAGUUCUUGUUCUUCUUGAUGAUAUGGAUGAUGUUGAUCAGCUGAAGGCUUUGGCUGGAAAUCAUAAUUGGUUUUCUUCCGGAAGUAGGAUCCUUAUAACCACUAGAAAAAUUAGUGUUCUUGACAAUGAACGGGUGGACUUCAAAUAUGAACAUGAGGUAAUGGAUGAGAAGCAUUCUAUGAUUUUGUUUAGUAGACAUGCAUUUCGAAGGAAUUCUCCUCCAAGUGAAUUUGAGGACCUUGCUCAUGGUGUUGUAACUACCACUGGAGGCCUUCCCUUAUCUCUUGAGGUUUUAGGUUCAUUUUUGUGCGGAAAAAAGCCAGCAUUAUGGAGAGGUACAAUAGACAAGUUAAAAAAAGUCCCUCAUAAGAAAGUGCGAGAAAAGUUAAGGAUAAGUUAUGAAGAAUUAGAUUAUGGACAAAAACAAAUAUUUUUGGAUAUUGCUUGUUGUUUUAUUGGCACUGACAAACGAAUCGCAUCCUAUAUGUGGGAUGCCUGUGGCUUUUACCCAGAAGAGGGAAUUGAAGUAUUGAUAUUCAUGUCAUUAAUAAAAAUUGGAGAUCAUCAUAAGUUUAUAAUGCAUGACCAACUGAGAGAUCUUGGGAGGGAAAUAGUUCGCGAGGAAAACCAACAGCAGCCUCAUUACCGUAGCAGAUUGUGGGAUUCCAAGGAAGUCCUGAAAGUGCUAAACGAAAAUAAGGGAACAGAAAAGAUUGAGGCGAUUAUUUUGAGUAAAGGCAGCUUAGAAGGCUCCAACAAAAUGGCUGAGCGAGAUGGCGACAUUUACACAGCAAAACAAUUCAAGAAUUUGACGAAUCUAAAAUUCCUUCACAUGGAGGGGGCACAACUUAAUGGAGAUUUUAAAGACUCAAUGGAGGAAUUAAAAUGGCUUCGAUGGCAAAAAUGUCCCAUGAAUUUUGAAGUAAAAAAUUUUCUUGUAACGGAAUUAGCUGUACUCGAAUUGCAAGACACCAAGAUAAAUGAGAAAUGGGAAGGAUGGAGUUUUUUCAAGAUGGCAGAGGGGCUCAAAUAUCUCAGCCUCACGGGUUGUGAAUUCUUGCAAAAUACGAUCUUCCUCUCCGCUUUUAAGCAUUUGGAGGUUCUCAUCCUCAGUCAGUGUGACGGACUGCACCAGAUCGAUCCUUCAAUUGGAGACAUGAAGGCGCUCCUUCGCUUGGAUUUGAAGGAGUGUCGGUUCCUUAGAAAGCUUCCAGCAGAAAUAGAGUCUCUGGAGAAUCUAGAGAUUCUGGAUAUUUCUGGAACCGGCAUAGAAGAAUUACCCAAGGGUAUUGGGAGGUUGAGAAAGCUCCGAGAGUUAUGCGCUCCUUGUUGCAAAGAUCUGAAAGGGGAAUUGCCGGAGACCAUGAGCAAUCUUUCUUCCCUACAACGUCUUGAUGUUCUUUACUGCGACCAGCUCCAAUCGUUGCCGGACGACCUUCCUUCCAGCUUAACAGAUUUGGGCGUCACCUGUGGAAGCCGCAAAUUGCCCUCACUUUCCCACCUAACCCAUCUCAAGCGACUACAAGUUGGUUGUUGCGAAGUUCUGGAGUGCAUCAAAGUGCUUCCAUCAACACUAUCGAAGAAUUCAGAAUGCUCCCAACCGACAGACAUUGAAGAAUCAGAAUUACCACAAUCCCUAAACACUCCCUUCGACUUGGAAAUCUUAAAAGUUUGGGUAUGUCGAUCUAUUAAAACAGUGGACGUUUCACAGUUUAUCCAUCUAAGGACAUUAGAGGUCUAUGAUUGCGAGAAUCUAGUUGAAGUUCGAGGUCUUGAACUUGACAAAUUGAUAUAUUUGGAAAACUUGUCUGUCGCAAAGUGCAGUUCAAUUGAGAGGCUAGACCUUCCAAAAUCCGGGAGUUUGAAGAGAUUAGAUGCUAGAUGGUGCAAUAAAUUAGCCGAAAUUCAAGGCCUCGAUAGGUUGGAGUUUUUGGAAAGCCUAGAUAUCUCUUACUGCUUUUCCAUUGAGAGGCUGCUCCUUCCAAAAUCCAAGAGCCUGAAGAAAUUAAAUGCUCCAUUGUGCACGAAAUUAGCCGAAAUUCAAGGCCUUGAUAGGUUGGAGCUUUUGGAAAGCCUGGAUAUCUCGAUGUGCCUUUCCAUUGAGAGGCUGCUCCUUCCAAAAUCAGGGAGUUUGAAGAGAUUAUAUGCUGGACGGUGUUGGAAAUUAGCCGAAAUUCAAGGCCUCGAUAGGUUGGAGUUUUUGGAAAGCCUGGUUGUCUCUAAGAACGUUUCAAUUAAAAGGCUAGACCUUCCAAAAUCCGGGAGGCUGAAGAUAUUAGAUGCUUAUGCAUGCAAAAACUUAGCCGAAAUUCAAGGCCUCGAUAGGUUGGAGUUUUUGGAAGAACUGAGGAUCGGUGGAUGCGGGUCACUCAAAACAAUUCCAGAAUUAUUUGGAGUGCGGAUUUAUCGAAAUUACGAGUGAAAGUCAAUUGGAUAUCCAUUUCGGUCAACCGUGUGAGUAAUAUACUGGAAAUGGUCCAUAUUUUCUAACUAAGGGUACAUAAAGCAGGAACCGCUUGUGCAAAUAACUGGGAGUUGUACCAAUUGACGGACCCUAUCUUGCGCCUGGAGAUGGAGAAUGAGAAGCUUCGCAGCAUUCCCCAUACUGUAGUUCCUCCCUUGUCAGUUAGUGCAAGUAGAGGUGUGGCUUGUGUUUUAGCUGCAAGAAUGCAGGCCCUGGUCUACAUACUGGACGAGGAUGAAGAUGAAAUUUCUGAUUCAGAAUGACGGUUUGUUCAAGAAUUUGUGGUGGUUAUGCCCGUGUCGUUCCAGUGGGUGAACCUCUUAAGCCUUGAAGCUGCAGACAUCAGUGUGAGAAGCAAUGCAUGUGGGCUUUCUUACCGAAGCGCUUCCACUCCACCCUUCUUGGAGAGUCUUAAUUUAUACCUGCCAUGUGCCUUUUCUGCUAGGCAGGCAUUUGUCGAAGAGGAAGAUGGAGUAAAAGGUAACUAUUUAUCUAUCGAGUUAGAUAGAAUUGACCGAAAGAUGCUGAGUCAUGCCUUCUGUCCGGUGGUAACUGUCUUCGUGGUAUUGCUGCAAGCUCUGAGACCUACUCGAUAGUGCCAAGCUUUUGCUUCAUCUGUAUAUGUUUAUUAUUUUCAUUUGUAAGAGAACCAAAUGUUUGGUUUGGAUUAUUUAUACUUUGGGUUGAAUGGUAAAUGGUUCACACA